UUUCUAGCGCGAGAACACCGCCGCCUCCAUGUCAAAACAUGGCGGCGCCCAGGACGGAGGAGCUGCAGCCCAGUGCGCUGCGGAGCAAGCAUAGCCGGACGUUGCUAGUUCGGCACCUGCCCUCGGCGUUGUCGCCCGCGGAGAAGGAGGAGUUGCUGAGGCAUUUCGGCGCGUUGUCUGUGCGGGUCCUCUCUGACUACGGGAGGCUGAAACACACAGCCUUUGCUACUUUUGCCCAUGAAAAUGCAGCUGCUCAGGCGUUAUCAAGACUUCAUCAGCUGAGCCUACUGGGUCACACUCUGGUAGCUGAAUAUGCAAAGGACCAAGACAGUGUUCAUGCAGUUAGUCAGACUUCUCUCUCUAAAAAGGACAAAUGUCUUGAAGAACCAGUGAAGGAAGAGAAAGAGAAGAAAAAGCUAGGCUGCCUCCAAAUUGAAAGGGGAAUUGCUCCUAGCCAUGGACUAACUUUUCCUUUAAGCUCUUGCCUGAAGUACCUGUAUCCACCUCCGUCAAACACAAUUCUCGCCAAUAUAGCAAAUGCCUUAGCAAGUGUGCCUAAAUUUUAUGUGCAGGUUUUACAUCUUAUGAACAAAAUGAAUCUUCCCCCUCCCUUUGGACCAGUUACUGCACGGCCUCCAUUGUAUGAAGAAUAUAUUCCUGUGCCCCUGCCACCUCCCCCAAUUCCACCUUUACCUCCGGAGGCCCCUCCUUUGCCUGAAGAAGACGACAGUCAAGAGUCAAGUAAAGAUGAGUCGGAAUAUGAAAGUGGUGAUGAAGAAGAUAAGGAGAGAUACACAAAACUGUUGGAAAUAGCCACCCUUCAACCCAAGCGACAAAUGCCGACAAAGCAGCAUCGUGCAAGAAAAAGGAGAAAGCUAACAGACUUAUUGAAUGUUUCUCUACCUGCUUCUCACAGCAACUCUCAUCCAGCACUGUCACCUUCAGAUGUGUUUGAACACCCGCAGCCAGUUGGUCUCAAAAAAAUUGAAUUUCACAUUCCUACUGAUGUGCCUGCUGUUCUUCAGCAAAGCCUGGAGAAAGAGCAAAAUAAUGAUAGCUAUGCAGCAGCUGAUGAAAUGUUGAAUGCAGGAUUUGGGAAAAUUUUCCCUGUUCCUAGUUCCAGUCCUAAAGAUGAGAUGGAAGAAGAAGAUGAUGAAAUUCCUUCUGAAUUCAUUUCCAAAAGAGAGCUAGAAAAAGGAAGAGUCUCCAAAAGAGAAAUGGGAACACUUUCUGUCUUCAAAAAUUAUGAACCAGGUGAUCCCAACUGUAGAAUUUAUGUGAAGAAUCUAUCUAAGCAGGUUCAGGAAAAAGAUUUGAAAUUUAUUUUUGGAAGAUAUGUUGACUUUUCAUCUGAAACUGAACGUAUCAUGUUUGAUAUACGCUUAAUGAAAGAAGGCCGUAUGAAAGGACAAGCAUUUAUUGGGCUUCCUAAUGAAAAAGCUGCUGCGAAAGCUUUGAAGGAAGUAAACGGAUAUGCUUUGUUUGACAAACCCAUCGUAGUUCAAUUUGCUCGUUCAGCAAGACCAAAGCAGGAUUCAAAAAAUGAUAAAAGGAAAAGAUAGGAGAAGAGAAAGCUGUGAACGCAGUUUAAAGAAUGAAAGAACUGUACCAGGGACUAAAAGUAAAACCGCAUUCUGCUGUUCUUCCUUAGAAGCAUUCCUGCGUAAAUACUGCAGUAAUACUGUGUCAUGCAAAGUGUAUCCUUUCUUGUUGUAUCCUUUUGCGUAAUUUUUUUUCUGAAAAAAAUAAGUUCUCAAAAGUUCUCUUCUGGUAUUGGCUUCAGCAGUAAACAGGUACAUCACUGAUAGAACAACUUCAAUCCCAGAUGUCUCAAAAGAUUAUUUAAUUAUUCCCUCCUGUUUGUCAGGGUGCCCAUGUAAAUGUGUAGCCUUAAAAUAUAACAUUUUAAUCCCUUGUACUAAGCAACACAGGUUCAAGUACCAGAUCAUCAACCAGUAUAAACUGCUCUGCUUACGUUGGUAGAGUUUUUAAAAAUGCUUUAUACAAACUGAGAUUCUGGCCCUGAAUUUGUGUUUAGAGUGUAUCGUGGAAGCAAUUUCAUGGCAUUGCAGAGGAGAAAAAUGCAAUCUUGACACUAAUAUGCUUUUUGUAAUACUUUCUUUCUGAUGAGUAGGAUCUGCAUUUCAGCUGCUUUUUAAAAAUGUUUCUCUGAAGAAAGGGACCAGGAAUUGAAGCAGUAUUUGUUAAACAAUAUAACUGGAAAGUAAUAGCUUCUUUUGUCUUUCCUCAUUACUUUAAGAUAGAAUUAGACACACUUCUGCAUGCAAAAAAGUGAGAUCUUGCAAGUUCAGACACAUUUCUUUAGUGUUCAUCAUCAUCUGAACCUUUCAGCUGUUCAAUGUGUGUAUGUGUUUUAAUACACCGUUAAAUCAUUCCAGGUUCGUUUUGAAUUCCAUGUCUUUCAAGUGCAUUCGAGCUCUAGGAGAAGAUGCGUGGUCUGCUGGAUUGUUGAACAGUGCGUACUGUCAUUUCAAAUUCAUUUAAAAACCCAGUUCAGUUCUUCAGCCUUAGGUGUGAAUGUUCUUUUAAACAGUGACACUCUUCCAAAAAAAUCACAUUGCAAAUGUGGGAAAGUGUAUUUUGUUCAAGCAUCUAAUAAAUUAUUCAUUUUUGUG